AUGGGUCUCUUUUCACGCAAGGACAAGUCUGGCUCUACGUCCACGACCUCGAGCGGCGCCCGCAAGGAUCCGGGCGAUGUACAGUCCAUGUCGUCCCAUUCACAGUCGUCCCUGAGGUCGCCAACCACGCCUGGCCAUAAUAACAUGAUGUCGCUUCCCAUCACCAUUCCUAGGAUCGCCCUGCCCAAGAACCCGGACCCUCUGGUCGACCCUGCGGGAUACCUGAGAAGCAUUGGGGCUGUGCGAGAGAGGUGUUCCCUAAUGUUGGAGAAGGCCAGGAGAAACGAGUUGAAUCACUUUGACGUUCAAAUGCAGAAUUUCGCCGAUACUACCAAAUUUGUUGUAUCAAUUAUGAAGCGAGAUUUUGGCACAGAUUAUGCGAGCAUCCCUCCCCACGGGCGCUGGCAGCAUUUCAGUGUCGGUGGACGAGAUCGUAUCGCGCUGCUUUUAAACACCUGGCCAAGCGAGUUAGACCCGUCCGAACGAUGUCGCCGACUUCUCGAUCUCUUCCUCAUCUCGGUUCUGUUGGAUGCUGGUGCGGGAACCUCGUGGUCCUAUAAGAGUAAGGAAAAUGGGAGGACGUAUAGGCGGAGCGAGGGGUUGGCAAUUGCAAGCUUGGAGAUGUUCAAAACCGGCAUGUUCAGCAGUAACGAAACCCAGCCGCACCAAGUCGACGCUGAAGGGUUGAGGAGCCUAACGGUUGAUAAAUUACGCGCUGCAUUGCAAGUCUCCGAGCAUAACCCAUUAGCUGGAUUGGAAGGCCGAACGGAACUCCUGAUUAAGCUCUCUGAUGCAAUGAAGAACCACAACUAUUUUGGGGCUGAUGGAAGACCCGGAAAUAUGCUCGACUUUCUGAUAUCUCAUCCAACCACACAAGCCUCCUCCGUCCCUAUAAUACUUCUGCCUACUCUCUGGACCGUCCUUAUGGAUGGCCUUGCACCAAUUUGGCCCUUAUCCCGUACUGCGAUCGACGGAACCCCUCUGGGGGAUGCCUGGCCUCUCUCCUCCAUGCCCACUGGGCCCGUUGCCGCACCAUGGGAAACCAUCGUACCAUUCCACAAGUUAACGCAGUGGCUCUGCUAUUCCCUUAUGCAACCGAUGACUAGGUUGAUGAAUAUCCACUUCGCAGGUGCCGAGCUUAUGACUGGACUGCCGGAGUACCGCAAUGGAGGCCUGUUCAUUGACACCGGUGUCCUGUCUCUGAAGAAGGAUGAUAUGGCACGAGGGGUAGAGAAUUUCAAGCGCAACAGCGCGGAAAAUGGGAAGAAAGAUUUGGAAAUUGUUCCUAUGUUUGCACCUGAUGAUGACGUGGUUGUUGAGUGGCGAGCUGUGACUGUUGUAUUUCUUGAUUUACUCCACGAGGAGGUGAACAGGACUUUGGGUCUACAAGGGCCUGACAGGCUGACACUGCCACAAAUGUUGGAGGCUGGGAGCUGGAAGGGAGGUAGGGAAAUGGCUGAAAUUUCGCGGCCAAAUACCCAGUGUCCACCGAUCGCAAUUCUUUCGGAUGGAACAGUCUUUUAG